AGCAGCAGCAGCACCCGUCCACUGACCAACAAAAUGACUUCCACUGGCAUGAACAUGAUGAGCAGGAUCAUCUUCUACGAGGACAGGAACUUCCAGGGCCGUUCCUAUGAGUGCAUGAGCGACUGCCCCGACAUGUCCUCCUACCUGAGCAGGUGUCAGUCCUGCAGGGUGGAGAGAGGCUGUUUCAUGGUGUACGACCGCACUAACUACAUGGGCAACCAGUACUUCCUGAGGAGGGGCGAGUACACUGACUACAUGAGCAUGAUGGGCAUGAGCGACUGCGUUAGGUCCUGCCGUAUGAUCCCCAUGCACAGGGGAUCCUUCAGGAUGAAGAUCUACGAGAAGGAGAACUUCGGAGGUCAGAUGUCUGAGCUGAUGGACGACUGUGAGAACAUCAUGGACCGUUACCGCAUGUCCAACUGCAUGUCCUGCAACGUGAUGGAGGGCCACUGGCUGAUGUACGAGCAGCCCCAGUACAGAGGCAGGAUGAUGUACAUGAGGCCUGGCGAGUACAGGAACUUCAUGAACAUGGGCCAGAGUGGAGUGAGGUUCAUGAGCAUGAGGCGCAUCACCGACUCCUGCUAUUAG